AGGUGUUGAUGACUGUGUACAGUAGGUGGCGGCACCUCUUAAACACCACAGAAGAAGCCGAAAAGCAUCAACAGGAAGUUCUUUGUUACCAUCCUCUAUCUAGUUUUCAAACCAAAUACAAUUCUACAGGAUCUUUCUGAUGUAAGAUUAGUCUACAUGAGACGUUUGUUUGUCACAACUUAAAUCCAGUUUUGAUAUUUAAAAGGACGUUUGAUUGCGCUGGUCUAGCUUUUCUUUAUCUGAACACGGUGACAAAGUAACUACCGUACACAUUUAGUUUCAUGUGUUUUAUUUUAAGAAACGUUGAAGAAAUAAUCGCUUCCACGAUGGAUCGGGACAGAGCUAGUCCGUCCCCCUCCAACCUGCCAGAGUCCCCUGGUCACAACUCUCCUGGUAGCUCCUUACUGCUGGGUCUGAAGAGGGUGUCUGUGCGGCUGGUCGACUGCAGGAAAACACCAGGGCAGAGUGGAACUGUGAGAGAAGGACACGAGGAGGGAGAUGGAGAUUUGAUUUCAUCAAGGGACUCUCCUAACCGUCACUCUCUCAGUGGGAGGGACUUAUCAUCUGGGGAGCUUCAACAACAACAUGUUGCUGACGAGGCAGAGAAGAGUCUCUCCCAAUCAGAACACCUCAAACACCAGCACAGACGUACAGGGAAGAAAUCUCACCACAGCUGCUCUGACUGUGGGAAGAGUUUCACUACACGGAGGUCCUUCAUAAUUCACCUGCGUAUUCACACCGGAGAGAAGCAUUAUCACUGUGAUCAGUGUGGGAAGUUCUUUGCUCGAGCUUCCAACCUGACUACACACCAGCGAACACACACAGGAGAAAAGCCUUAUAGCUGUGAUCAGUGUGGGAAGAGCUUUGCUGCAUAUAACACCUUCAAAUAUCAUCUGAGAAUUUAUGAAGGGGAGAAGCCUUACCGCUGCCUUGAUUGUGGGAAAAACUUUGUUAAUGCAGGAGCCUUAACCAUACACCAGCGUGUACACACAGGAGAGAAAGCCUUAUAGCUGUGAUCAGUGUGGGAAGAGCUUUGCUGUAGCUUCCACCCUGAUUAGACACCAGCGCAUACACACUGGAGAGAAGCCUUAUAGCUGUGAUCAG